UUGGCUUCGAUAAUUGCAAAUGGUCGUUUAACAACAGAUGAUUGAACGCGUAUCGUGCGGCGCGCGGCGUGGCAUUUAUCUGUCAAGAGCGGUGGCGGCCGGCCGACGUAGGUUGUGAUGCGCCGCCGGCUGACGCGCGCCCGUUAAGCGGUGAACCGGCGAGACGCGACGGACGCGUGGAUUCAUCGGAGGGACCCUUGCUUUUUUUUUCCCGGCUCGGCGGCGGGGCGACGACGGGACGACGACGGCGGCGGCGGCGGCGGCGGCGGUGGCGGCGACGACGACGACGGGGACGAGGACGAGCGGCGGCGAGAGCGAGAGAGACAGAGAGCGACAGAGAGGGCGAGACGCGCGAGAGCGUGCGUAGCGGGCGGCCUUUGAAUAACCGACGCGUACGUUUAUUAUUAUGUGAUCGCGGGUCGCGCGCGCGGGUUGACGGCUUCGCGGGAAGAGAGGUAGACGACGACAACGACGACGACCUGGACGAGAGGGGAAAUGCGGAGCACCGACGUUUUCUGCUAUCUCAUCGUGGCGACUCUCGCCGUUCUGCCGAGUCGUGCAGAGACCGACCAUGAGGCGCACACGACGAGGCCGUGCAACACUUCAGAACUCAUCGUGCAGUGCGGUAAAAAUCAGAGGUGCCGCGUAACCAACAAUGGCAUGCAGCUGUGCGAUUGCCAACGAGAUUUUUAUUUUGUUAAUGGCGAAUGCACUAGGAUUACAUCCACGGCGGCGAGUGUCGUUACCACCCUUAAACCGGAGCAGAGAUCCGACUCAGGAGGUAACUCCGUAGCCGCCGGUCUGCUAAUACCUACCUUCCUCAUAGUAGUCGGUGUACUACUGUAUUUCGGUGCGAGACGAUACAAAUGGGUACAACGAUUUCGGCAGUAUCGUCACAAUCGUUACGGUAAUGUCAUAGUCACGAGAGACGACGAUGACGACGACGAUCCACCGAUAGCGUAAAAAAAUGAAAAAUAAA